AUGACAUCACCUCGGUUAAGUUUGCGCCGUAGCCUUGUCUCUCCAUCAUCAACAUACUAUGAGGUCCCACUUACCGUCUUUUCGAGCGACCCAACCGAAAUUACCGAGACAUUCAAAACGAUGCCCCCAGCCACUGUCUUGGUAUGGCUUCUCACUCCUUCCAGUGAAACAACAAAGGGAAUCACAAUUUCUAUUAAAUACAACACACUCAUUACACAUCACACGAUUUACAAAGAAAAUGUUACUGCCGCCCUCAUCAAAAAGAGAAUUCCCGAGAAAAAGAACACCUCCGAAAUUGUUGUAUCAGUCAAAACAAAAGGCGUGACGUCCAACGCAAUUCGUUCUGCAAUAACACUUUUCCAAUUGUACCAACAGGUUGUCCAGUUUCUCAUGAAAACGAUAUUCUUCUCGGACAUCCCACCUAUUAAUAAAACUCCCGCUAUAUACCCCGAACCAACAUCGCCCAGAAUCAUAUUUCAAAACAUCCCAGGGAUUAAGAGGAUCGAUUUGGACGAAGAAAACAAUUGCUUGAUAUUUCUGAACGAGAAGCUGAAGGUUGUCGACAAAUGCGAGACAACCGACAACGCCGUGAAAACUAUUAAAAAGUUUAUUUCACAGAUUGAGCGCAUCCCACAGACUCCAAAGACGAUUACAACAACAAUUUCCACAUUGCAGAGGGAGAAAGUUGAUUUGAAGAGCUUUGCGGGGAUGUUGCCGGAACUUUUGAAAAGUACGUGCGAUGGUGGGGAUAGAGAUACAAUUAAUGGGAUCAUCAGUGUCAUCUCAAAAGUCUUGAAUGAGAAUGUUGGAGAGGAAAAGGUAGUCAUCCGAGUGUUGUUUGAUCAUAUACGAGUCCACCCGGUGUGUUGUGGGAUCUAUAAAAUCUGUGGGCCACUGAUCGACAUGUUUCCAAAUGUCUUCCACCCCCUUUUUCAGACUGAAAAGCUUGGCGGAUUGUUAGCGACGAAACUUGGGCGAAUCCAUCAGAAUGUAUUUGGCGAGUAUGUCUUUCAGGAGAAGCCAUUUGCGCAGUUAAAGGUCGUGUUAGUUGUGGACGAGGACUCGAAGUUCAAUUUGGAAGAGUACGACAAAAGCACACCGACGAAGCAGAGUAAACGACGGUCGAUAUUCUUUGGAACAAAUACGUUUCCGGAGCCUGACACGUUUGUAAGAAGACAAAGCAGAGUGUUCCAGAGAGCUAUUACACCCCGGCCGACGCAACGAGAAAUACCAAAGUCGCCCCAACAAGAGGAAGUUUCGUCGAGGAAUGAAAUGAAGUUGGAAGCGAAACGGUUAGCGCAGAGUGUGUUUAUAGAGAGUCUUCCUUAUAUUCUCAAAGUCGACAGGACAAGUGUGAAAAUCAAGCCUGACCCUGUUGUCGUGGAAGAAGUUGAAGGAGAUAUUCAGUAUAAAGAUGGGUUUGCGGAUGUCAAGGAAGUGAUGAAAUUUGUGAAGGAGAAUAUUGUAGCGGAACCGCCCAAUAUUGAGUUGAUGAAGCAAAUUUGUCAAUUGUUGUUGUCGAGUGCGUCGAUGGAGUAUAACGACAUGUUUCUGAAUAUCAUGUACUCGCUUGAGAAUUACUUCAAGCAUUGUUUUAUAUCGAAUCAAGAUAAUUUAAUGGUGGCCGUACUUGUGAAGUGGGAACUUAUUGUGGAGGAAUCGCUGACUUUUAACAUCGACUUUUAUCGGAAACUCUUGAAGAUCUUGCGCGUCUACAUGAAAAUAGCGAAAUAUCAGUCGUAUGGACUUGGACUAUCGGAGAAGUUCUUGUUACCGAUAUCGUCAGCAUUGCAACGCCCGUCGACGGAAUGUUAUUUGGACAUGCAAUAUGAUUUGUUGAUUGAGCUGAGCAAUACAUUUGGCUUGUUUAUUGAUAAACACUUGACGGAAACCCAUGCAGUCCACGCGAUUCAAUUGAUGUAUUCUCCGGGAGAAAUUGGGAAGUUGGCGCUGAAUUGUAUUCGCCGGUAUUUGAUCGACUGGGAUAAGGAAAUUGCGAAUUACCAAGAGAACGUCAAUCGCAUUUUGGGCAAAAAGAAAGAUCUUUCGAUCGUCUACUUUCUUGUGUUGGUGAGACUGUUGCAAACGUUUGAUCAGAAGAAUUUGCCGAAUAACACGAAUUACACGGCAGUACAAAAUGUUAUAGAGAGUCUUGUGUUGCCCCCGAAUGGACUGUUGUUCAGAUUUUUGCAAGACGAGACGGGGAUAUUUGGAGUGGAGGCGAAGGUCACAGCGCUGUCGUUUUUCACGCACUUUUUUGCGGUCAAUGCGCCGAUCAUUCGAAGGAAAACGGUGAUCAAUGAAUACACCCGUUUUGCAUAUAAAUUGUUCAUUAAAAUCUAUUACAAGAACGUGUGGACACAAGACGACAUUCGCGUGUUAAUAGGAGCGUUAAUGAUGUUGAAUGGACUUGCGUCUCAUAAGACGGAUUACAGUCGAAGAGCGUUUUACAGACUUGGUCUCUUCUCGUUGUUACUCCAUGAAGUGAUGUUAGAGUUCAACAUGUCAUGGAACAACAAUGGGAAAGAGGAGGAUGAAAUCUUUGACUCGUUCAAGGAGAAAAUUGAGAAACCCAAAAUUGAAACGAAGAGAGAGCCGCGAACUGUUGGAGGGAAACGGAUUGUGAAAGCGAAUAUACCACGUCUGUGUGUCACCGGCAGUCCGAACAAAAUCUUGUCACCCCGAAGACAAUUUACAGAAGAGAAAAAGAAGGAAGAGAAUGGGAUGUGCUCGCCGGGGAUUACACAGAUAUCUCCACGGAUCUUACUUGAAACGAAAGGAAAGGGAACUGUUGCUGGAGGACACAAACAAUCGAAAUCGACGGCACCGGGAGAGAAGGCGGAGGAGAAAUCAUAUGACAUGGAUAACUUGGUUACCCCUCCUAUAAUUUUGAAAGAGUCUAAAACGCCGAAAAGACUGUCAUUUUCUAAAACUAAUGUUCCAUGCAAUUCACCAGAUAACUCCGGGUCGAGCAAAUCAAGUCUGAGAACAUCACUGGAAGUUGGAGCGGAGAUUGGGAUUGAAAAGGACGACGCGAGCUCGACAACACCGAAAACGCCUGAGCAAUCGCCAGCACCUUCUGUGACAUCGGAGAAGUCGAACGAGAUGAACGACUUAAGGAGUUCCUGUAUGUUUGGGAAGGAAGAUAUGAAAGCGAGUGAAAAGAAGGGAAGUGAAACUGUGAGUUCUAAAGAAGAUAAAGUUAUAAAAGUGGGGAAAGAGAUGUUGGGAGAUAAAAUUGGUAGUGAAAGUGAUAAAAUACAAGAAACGGAGAAGGGGAAAGGGAAAGAGAGUGAAGAGAAUAAGGAAAAGGCUCCCGUGAAUGAAGGGUCGAAAGCGAAAGAACCCGUCUUUGUCAAACCCAUAGUGAAGAAAAGACGACCACCCCCUUUAAAAAUGGUUCCCAUUUCUAAUAUGACCAUCGGACAACAAAAGGCAGACUCCAUCUCAGAAUCGACAUCACCCGACCCGACUAACACGAAUCCAGCAAAACAAAGUGGUCCAUUGACGCAAGUUGAAAAGAAGUUUAAACAGACGGGGAAGCUCCAUUUGAUUUUGGAUAAAAUGAUGUUGGAAGGAGGAAAGAAAGAACAAAAAGUUGAUGAGAAUUCACUGGAGAGCAUGAGAAAGGUGAGACGAAUAUAUAUGAACGAGGAGGUCCACAAACAGAUUGUACUGUUGCUUUUGAAUUUGAUAGUCAUGGAAAACGGAGUGUUGGACCCGAUGUAUACCGAUCAGUUCCCAGACUUGAAAGGGAUGAAAAACUGCUUGUUCAUAUUGACGUGUCACUUGGACCACCCCCUUAAUGCACACAUUGCAAAGGAACUUUUUUGUCAAGUCCAACAGAACGAUGGUAUUCGAGAACUUCUACGCCUUCUGUCGAGACAAUUUUUUGAUGAGACGAAGUACUCAGUUAUUAAAGUUAUUGGGGAGGGGGCGUAUGGUGUGUGUUCUGAAGCGUUAGUCAAGUAUGGGAGUGAAGUUACACUGAACCACGUGGUUAUCAAACAAAUCAAAGUGUCGGAGUCUCCGAAAGCAAGAAGUGUGUUGCACGAUAUCUUUAAUGAAAUUUUGAUACUGGAGAGGUAUUGCCGAGAUCAACGUGUUUCGCAUAUGUUUGAAUAUGGAUAUUCUGAUGGGUAUUAUAACAUCGUUCUGUAUCAAUACUUGUCGUCUUUGGGAUCGUGGAGGAGAAAUUUGCCGCCAUCGAAUUCGAACGUGAGGAUACACUUAUUACUGAACAUUUACAAAGAGGUUCUAAGAGUGUGCCAAGUACUGAACCAACGAAUUAUCCACUACGACAUCAAGUGCGAGAACUUCUUGAUUGAGCCACUUCCUGGUGUAUCUCUGGACGCUGUAACGAACCCGCAAACAGAAAUUCCGCCAUUCAGAUUGUGCCUUGCGGACUUUGGGGAGGCCUGUGUGUACAGAAACGAUAAGGAAGCGAACGCGACAAGACAUCGAGGAACCGAGUCGAUUAAACCACCUGAAAUGCUAAAGAUGGACUUGCAAUCGGAGAUCCCAGUGAAUGCGUCGUGUGAUAUUUGGGCGCUUGGGUGCUUGUUUUAUGAGUUGUUUACGAGCAAGAUGUUAUUCUGGAUUGC